AUGGUGGAGGUUAAGAUUUCCCAGUCUAUUGGCGCGAAUGGAGUGACCAUCGGGCCCCAAGUGCCUAUUCUGUAUUAUGUUCACAAGCGACCAUAUUGCGACGAGUUUCUGAGAAAGGUCUGCAAGUGGUACAACCUGAUCGUGUUCACCGCGUCCGUCCAGGAGUAUGCGGAUCCCGUGAUCGAUUGGCUGGAGUUGGAGCGGAAGUACUUCAUCCGACGGCUCUAUCGACAGCAUUGUACGUUCAGAAACGGCGCCUACAUUAAGGACCUCAGCCAUGUUGAGCCCGACCUGAGCAAAGCAAUGAUCAUCGAUAACAGUCCGAUCAGCUACGUGUUCCAUGAAGACAACGCAAUACCGAUUGAAGGUUGGAUCAACGACCCCACUGACAAUGACCUGCUGCACUUAAUCCCACUGUUGGAAGGAUUGCAGUACGCAACGGAUGUGAGAGCACUACUAUCGUUACGUAUGGGACAGCCGCAAAUGGCAUGA